GACUGCCGGAAGUGAGGACGAUGUGUCACAGAAUCUGUCUUCCCCCUGCUGUGGAUCACGUGUAGGAGACGCUGACCCUGUGAGGUGAUAAGUAUUUACUGAGACGCAGGGAGCACAGAUAACACAGAUGUUUCGCCGCGCCGUCACCCAGGUUUUCCGGCAGUCUGUCCGGUUUCAGACCUCAGAUUCUGGAGUUCUGGAAAGAUCUCUGAAUCGGGUGCAGUUAUUGGGUAGAGUCGGUCAAGAUCCGGUAAUGAGACAAGCCGAUGGCAAGAACCCAGUGACCAUCUUCUCAGUAGCCACAAAUGAAUUAUGGAGGUCUGGGGAGAGCGAGGUGUUCCAGACAACGGGAGACGUCAACCAGAAGACUACCUGGCACAGGAUCUCCGUUUUCCGCCCAGGGCUCCGAGAAGUAGCUUAUCAGCACAUCAAGAAAGGGGCUCGGGUAUACGUGGAAGGGAAAAUCGAUUACGGCGAGUACGUUGAUAAGAACAAUGUCCGCAGGCAAGCAACAACCGUCAUUGCAGACAACAUCAUUUUCCUGAGUGACAUGCGUGACCGAUCUUGAUGUCUCCACAUAUGCUGGGGGUGUCCUGUAUAUAAAGCUAUUAGGAUAGUGAAUCUUAUUUCAUGGUAACAUUUUCUUUGUAUAUUCUUAAGGAAGUAAACUAUUUUCUUUGAA